CGCCGGCUCAACUUUUUUCUGCUCGGCCUAGGCAUUGCUCGGCUGUUCUUUUCUGCAUCAUCUGGCCCCUCGCACGCAUCCAGCCAUGUUUUCACGAUCAGUCGCCUCUAGCCUCCUGCGGCAAGCUGCCCGGCCAGCAGCCCGGCCCGCAGUUCGAGCUCCUCUGGCGGCUUUCCGCAUGCCCGUCGCCCCUCUCACGCCCUUCCAGAUGCGACUGCUGUCCGAUGCCACCCGCGGCGCCAUCGACAAGGCCGUUGCGUCUGCGCCCGUCGUUCUCUUCAUGAAGGGAACGCCCGAGACGCCCCAGUGCGGCUUCUCCCGCGCCGUCAUCCAGAUCCUCGGCAUCCAGGGCGUCAGCCCCGACAAGUUUGCGGCCUUCAACGUUCUGGAGGACCCGGAGCUCCGAGAGGGAAUCAAGGAGUACUCAGACUGGCCCACCAUCCCGCAACUCUACCUGAACAAGGAGUUUGUUGGCGGAUGCGACAUCCUGGUCUCCAUGCACCAAAAUGGAGACCUGGCGAAGCUGUUUGAGGAGAACAAGGUCUUGGUCGAGGCGGAAGAGGGUGAGAAGAAGGAGCAACAGUAAGAGACGAAGAUAGAAGAAAAGACAAGGUCGAUAAUUGGAAUCAAGUGUACGAUAUGCGAUGGCGUUAUACGAAGAGGGCUUAAGCUAAAUACACAUUAUGAUAUAAAUGGCAGCCUUUGCAUGCUUCAGGUUGGGCUCCAGGAAUUAUAUAUAAAUCAAAAGAACCAAAGGAAGAAAUCUCUUAUUACUAUCCAG